UGACAACGAUCACUGACAAAUGACAGUGACACAAGUGAAAAAUCUCUUUUUUUGUGGAUGAUUAAUUUAUUGUUCAUCAAACCAUAUAAUAAAAUAAUAACAUAUUUCAAUUUAAUUACAAAACGCUUGUACUGUGAAAAUUACAGUAUUCAACUAUACAUUAGAUACACGUCAGAUAUUUCAACAUGCCUGUGAAUAUCCCCGAUUGCCCGCCUAGCUUAAAAUCUAUACAACAUUACUUAAAAACAGCUUCAGAACAUGACGCCAGAGACCCUGUGGUGGCCUACUGGUGUCGUUUACACGCCCUACAAGUUGGCAUGAAGUUAACCAACAAGAAAACUCCAGAAGAAACAAAGAUGUUGAUGGGUCUAAUGGACUGGUUGGAAGAAGAAAAGACAACUCAUAAAGAUAAUGAAGCUAUAAGUAAUGAAGUAGCGGCACAGGCUCAUCUUGAAAAUUAUGCACUAAAACUAUUUAUGUAUGCAGACAAACAGGACAGGGAGCAAAGUUAUGGAAAAAAUGUCGUCAAAGCAUUUUACACAUCUGGAAUGAUCUAUGAUGUCUUAACUACAUUUGGUGAGCUGACAGAUGAGGCUGCACAGAAUAGGAAGUAUGCCAAGUGGAAGGCCGCAUACAUUCACAACUGUCUGAAAAAUGGGGAAACACCAGUCCCAGGGCCUCUUACAGAAGAUGGAGAAACAUCGAAUGAAGAGAACACAGGAAUCAAUACCCAACCAGAACCCAUGGGCUUUACCUCAAAUCCUGGUUUCCAACCUGAUCCUACUGGCUUUGCCCAAAAUCCUGGGUUCAAUCCUCAAGUGACACCAGCAACACCACCCGUUAUACCAACAAGUUUUAGCAGCACCUUACCUGAUCCCAAUGCGGCUAUGAGAGCAGCAUCUCAGUUGCCUCCUGUACCUUACACCCCAGAUCCCAACCCUGGUGGGUUUGUACCAUAUGACCCUUCGCAACAGAGUCAGCCAUCUCAACCACCUUAUGGUGAUAAUUCUAUGAUGGUGGCGCAAUUGAGUCCCGAUCAAAUUGCAAAAGCUCAGAAGUACUGCAAGUGGGCAAGCAGUGCUCUUAAUUACGACGAUAUUAAAACUGCUAUUAAUAAUCUGAAGAAUGCUCUAGAGUUGUUACAAACUGGACAAGAUCCCGCUUAAGUCAUAAAAAGGGUUGAAACUGCAAGUGUUUAAGAGAAUUUUUUGGUUUGUAUGUAAGUUGUGUUGCAUAUUUGAGUUGCUCUUACUGAACCAUGUUAUGUAAUUUUUUAAAGGGUUAAGUAAUAAGUAUAACAUGAAUAUAGUAAAAAAAUGUAAAUCCAUAUAUUAUGAAUAAGAAAUAACUUAUGUGAAAUUAACAUUAUAAAUUGUACAAU